AUGAGAAGCCACACAGGAGAGAGACCCUACAGUUGCUCAGUUUGUGGUAUAAAAUUUAGAAAGAAAGGAAAUCUGUCAUACCAAAUGUUAAUCCACACAGGGGUGAAACCAUUUUGUUGCUCAGUUUGUGGUAAGAAAUUUAGACAGAAAGGAAAUCUGUCAUACCAAAUGUUAAUCCACACAGGGGUGAAACCAUUUUGUUGCUCAGUUUGUGGUAAAACAUUUAGACACAAAUCACCUUUAAAAUAUCACAUGUUAACCCACACAACGGUGAAACCACUUAGUUGCAGUUUGGUUUACGAAAAGUGCAGGAACACUACACAACACAAAAAUCCCAAGUGUGUUGGUGAAUCGUCACAGCUUCACAGUGGAAAAAGCAAGAAACCACUGAGCUGUUCCAAAUGUGAUGAAACAUUUCCUAACACUGCCCGUCUGAUGAUCCACAUGAGAAAGCACAAGGGAAAGAAACUGUUUACUUGCACAGUUUGUGGUCAACAACUGCUGUGGAAUUGCCAACUGAAGAUACACAUGAGAAGCCACACAGGAGAGAGACCCUACAGUUGCUCAGUUUGUGGUAAAAAAUUUUCACAAACGGAAACCAUGAUGCAUCACAUGGCAGUCCACUCAGGGCUUCAUCAAAGCCAAACUGAGGAGCAGAUUACUGCCAGGCGUGAAAGCUUGAGUUUAAACAUGAUGUGUCGCACAGGGGAAAAGUCUCUACGAUGUUCAGUUUGUAACACAGGUUUCAGUGAAAGUGCACAGAAGGAGGCAAAGCAGGAGGAGUUACAGCCCCCACGUAUUAAAGAGGAACAGGAGGAAGUUGGAGGUCUGGAGCCCGAUAUCACCAAGUUCCCAUUCAAUCCUGGCAGCAUGAAGAGUGAAGAUGAUGAAGAGAAACCUCAGACUUCACAGCUUCAUCAGAGUCAGACUGAGGAGAACAAAGAGGCAGAGCCUCCAGCCAGCAGUUCCACUGAACAGAUGGAGACAGAGGCUGAUGGAGAGGACUGUGGAGGACCAGAACCAGCCAGGAACUCAAAUCCAGACACACAUUUACAACCAGAUGCUGACGACAAAAUUUCAGUUCAGCUCUUUCAAAAAUAA